CGCGCAUCAGCAGCAAUAAGCGCCGUCUUUGGUGGAAACACGCGAUGAAACAGCAGUCCAAGCCGUUGCGACGAGGGCUCCACGGUAUGGCUCAUAUAAGCUUAUUCCAUUUGUCCUUCCUCUCUUGAAUAUUCAGCCAAGAAUGCCAAUCCUUCCUGAAUCUUUGCUGAAAUUUUACUGGCUCAUGGCCCUCUAUCUCGUCCAUUGCCCCGCAAGGUUGCAAGGCUUAGGCAGCAACAAGCUGUCCAUUGCUCGUAUUCACUUUGCUGUCUCGGUGGUUUACCUGACAUUAUGCAUUUCGAGACACCUUCUGAGAAUCAACGGCCAGGGGCUAGUAUUGAGUAGAAUGAACAUCUCAGACGACGUAUUCAGAGAAAACACUCGGGUUUAGCAAAGUGAUGGCCCUUGGUUCCAACUCGACGGUCCUGGGAGUAUUUAGAACGAUAAUACAAGCAGCAGCCAAAUCUCUGCUAUUGGUUCUAA